UGCAACAACGACAUUUUGCCUUAACCAAUGAUUCACCAGAGCUGACAUGUUUCGAAACUUCUCUGGUUGUUCUACAUGAUAUGAAUGGCACGGAGAGCAUACUUGUAUUAAAUAUUACUCAUAACAAGUUCAGAGAAAUUCCCUCAGCCUUAAAAAUACUAAAAAAGGUGAAGUCUUUCGUGUUUGAAUCUAUUGUUCAAGAUUUCAUUUUCAACCCACACUUCUUGCGAGAUGUAACAGGGUUGAAUACACUGAAUCUCUCUCAUACAUAUAUUAGGCAUUGGCAAGGAAAAUUUCCAAGAUUGUAU